AUGAAGGGCACCAGGCCGGGAUGUCUGUCCCUCAUCCCAGCCCAGGGUCCCCACCUCACUGCCCACUCACCCCCAGGCCCUGCGGGUGAACAGCCUGGAACAACUGUGCAGUAACCUAGCCAGCGAGCGGCUGCAGCUCUUUGCCAGCCAGAUGCUGCUCACCCAGGAGCAGGAGGAGUGUAAACAGGAGUUGCUGUCCUGGGUGCCUGUCCCCCAGACUCCACGGGAGUCCUGCCUGGACCUCCUCACAGACCAGCCCCACAGCCUCCUGAGUAUCCUGGAUGCCCAGACACGGCUGUCCCAGGGAACAGCCAGUGCGAAGAUCUGAAAGAAGCAUGUCUGUCUGUCCAUCAGGCCACGGAUCACACCUUCCUUCAGAAGUGCCACUAUCACCAUGGUGACCACCCAUUCUAUGCCAAGCCUCAGCUGCCCCUGCCCAUCUUCACUGUGCGGCAUUACGCUGGGACUGUCACCUACCAGGUUCACAAGUUUUUAAACAGAAACCGGGACCAUCUUGACCCUGCUGUGGUGGAAAUGCUUGACCAGAGCCAGCUCCAGCUGGUAGGCAGCCUGUUCCAGGAAGUAGAACCCCAACUGGGGGAAAGGCAGGACAGACCCACGUUGGCUUCUCGCUUCCAGCAAUCACUGGGGAAGCUCCUAGCUCAGCUGCGCAGGAGUCACAUCUAUUUUAUCCAGUGCCUCAACCCCAACCCCGGAAAGCUUCCAGACCUCUUUGAUGUCAGACAUGUGGCAGAGCAGCUGCACCAGGCGGACACCCUGGAGACCAUACGCACCCGUAGCAUUAACUUCCCCAUGCGGGUGCACUUCCACAUGUUUCUGGCCAGGUUCCGGACCCUGGGUACGGAGGUGCAAGGAGAGCCCUCUGAGCAGGAGAGGUGCAGGGCCAUCCUAAGCCAGGUGCUGGGGGCCGAGUCCCCUCUCUACCAUGUGGGAGGCACCAAGGUCCUCCUUCAGGAGCAGGGCUGGCAGCAGCUGGAACAGCAGCGGGCGGGGCAGCGUGCCCAGGCCCUAGUCAUCCUGCACCGGGGCCUCCGCGCCUGCAUCUCCCGCCAGCGCCUCCGCCUCCUGCCCCGGAUGCAGGCUCGAGUGCGUGGACUCCAGGCCAGGAAGCGAUACCUCCGGCGGCGGGCAGCUCUGGGACAGCUGAACACCAUCCUACUGGUGGCCCGGCCCCUGCUCCUGAGACGACAGAGACUGCAGCUUGGUCACUGGUGUGGCUGGAACAGCAUCAAGGCCUCGGAGAAAAUGCUGAACAUGGAGCUGGGCCGCUUGGAAAUCCCAGCUGAACUGGCUGUCAUGCUGAAGACUGCGGAAGGCCAACAGCACACCCAGACAGAGAGCAUCAAAGAAUCGAAGCCCCCAGAAGUCCCUGCCCGGCCCACCCUGGCCCUCCCGCCUGACAUCGACAACUUCCCUUUCUCCACCUUCGUCGCCAGCAGCUUCCAGGACCGCUCCCUGCCCCGCCCCGGACAACCCCUGAUCAAACCUCUGACCCGGCUGGAUGAUGCGAGUCCUCAGCUUGCCCUGGACAUCAAUCGGGUGAUGCUGAGGCUCCUGGGGGAUGGGUCCCUGCUGCCCUGGCAGGAGCAGGUCAUGGGUGAGUACCUGGUGCGGCAGGGGCAGCGGAAGCCGGGGAUUCGGAACGAGCUCUUCAGCCAGCUGGUGGCUCAGCUCUGGCAUAAUCCUGAUGAGCAGCAGAGCCAGCGUGGCUGGGCCCUCAUAGCCAUCCUGCUCAGCGCCUUCCCCCCGAUGGCCACCCUGCAGAAGCCACUGCUCAAAUUCGUGUCUGACCAGGCCCCCACGGGCAUGGCGGCCCUCUGCCAGCACAAGCUGCUGGGGGCCCUGGAGCAGGUACAGCUGGCCCCUGGGACCGCACGGGCCCACCCACCCACCCAGCUUGAGUGGAAGGCCGGAUGGCGGAGGGGUCGCAUGACACUGGACGUCUUCACCUUCAACGAGGAGUGCUACUCAGCCGAAGUGGAGUCCUGGACCACUGGGGAGCAGUUUGCAGGGCAGAUCCUGCAGAGCAGAGGCCUGGAGGUGCCACCUCGUGGCUGGUCUGUGUCAUUGCACUCCGGGGAGGUCUGGCAGGACCUGGCUGGCUGCGACUUCGUGCUGGACCUGAUUGGCCAAACUGAGGACCUGGGGGACCCAGCUGGCCCCCACAGCUACCCCAUCACUCCCCGUGGCUUAAUCUCUGAUGACAUUCCCCCAGCCCCUGGCAUCCAGGCCCCCCAGCUGCCCCCAGUUCCAGCCCCAACACUGCCUAGCAGGGACUACACAGGUGAGGUUCAGACGCCAUCGGGGAGCCUGGAUGGCUACUUGGACCAAAUCUUCCAGCCAGUCCUCAGCCCCGGCCUCAGCGAUCUAGAGCAGAGCCGGGCUCUUCAGGGCCGCAUGAAGGGAGGGGGUGCCAUCGGGCCCAUGCAUCAGGGUAACUACCCCAUGGUAUACCCCGGGAUGAUGCCCGGAUACCAGCCUGCCAUGAUGCCUGGACCUGUCCCCAUGAUGCCAGCGAUGGGCGUAGUCCCCAACAUGCCAGCCAUGAUGGUGCCGCCACAGCCCCUGCAGCCUGCCCUUCCCACCCUGGAUGCCCAGCAGCUGGCGGCCCAACAGCAGAAUUUCAUCAACCAGCAGGCAUUGCUCCUGGCCCAGCAGAUGACCACCCAGGCCAUGACCCUAACUCUGGAGCAGCAGAUGCGGCAGCAGCAGCAGCGCCGCACCGAGGCCACCAGGCCUGCCUCCCCAGUCUCCACUCCAGCUACGCCCCCUAAGCCCAAGAAACCUCCCAUCCCCCUGAAGGUGCCAACGCAUGACCAGCAGCCAGAGGACCCUUCAGAGGAGGCCCCCGAGAGGCCUGGCAACCUCAGGAGCUUCCAGCAGAAACGGGACUACUUCCAGAAGAUUGGGAAGCAGCAGAUCAAGAUGAAGACGGCAAAGCCUCCGGCCAAGAUCCUGAUCCCACAGGAGGAGGACGAGCAAGAAGAGGAGGCAGCAAGAGCAGGUGCAUCACCGCCAGUAGUGAGGAAGCCACUGAAAUGGAGUGGGACCAAAGCUGCCAAUGAGGAGGCUGGGCCUGGCAGCAGCCAACCGUUGGCUCAGGGUAGGGGACCCCCAGUGCACAGCUUAGACCCCACCACCGCUCGGCCAAAGCCCAGCAGGGAGAUUGGCAACAUCAUCCGAAUGUACCAGAGCCGUCCGGCGCCCGUGCCUCUACCUGUGCAGCCAUCCAGAAAACCCUCCAAAUCAUUUCUGAAGAAAAACGACCCCAAGGAUGAGGCUCUGGCUAAGCUGGGGAUCAAUGGCACCAAUUCGCCCCCUUCGACACUGUCUCCCAGACCGGGAAAGGAGUCCCCACCAACCGUGGCCCCUCGACCUCAGAUCCCCAUCAGGCUGGGGCCGUCCAGCUCCAUCAAGGAGAAGCAGGGCCCCCUUCGGAACCUGUUUGGCCAGACCCCACGCACUCCGGAAGCACCCCUACUUCCACCAGCACCCCCACUGCCUCUGCUUGGGAACCCAGAGACCCAUUCAGCCGAGCCCCCUGUCUUGGUGGAGUCAAUGGGCGACCAGGGGAUCUCCACCCAGCUCCUGACACCUUCGGGCAGUGUGUCCUUUUCCUACACUGGCAAACCCUGGAAGCUGUUCCUACGCAAGGAGGUGUUCUAUCCCCGGGAGAACUUCAGUCAUCCCUACUGCCUCCGACUUCUGUGUGAGCAGAUCCUGCGAGACACCUUUGCUGAGUCCUGUAUUCGGAUCUCCCAGGACGAGCGUCGCAGAAUGAAGGACCUGCUGGGGGACUUGGAGGUGGGCAUGGAUUCCAUCGCCUCGGCUGAAGACAGCGUCAAGAAGCGCAUUGUGGUGGCGGCCCGAGACAACUGGGCCAAUUACUUUUCCCGAAUCUUCCCUGUCUCGGGUGAGAGUGGCAGCGAUGUACAGCUGUUGGGUGUGUCCCACCGGGGGCUGAGACUACUCAAGGUGGCCCGAGGCUCUGGCCUCCACCCCGACCAGCUGAAGACCCUCUGCUCUUACAGCUUUGCAGAAGUGCUGGGUGUGGAGUGCCCAGGGGUGUCCACCCUGGAACUGUCCCUGAAGAAUGAGCAGUUAGUGCUGCACACAGCCCGGGCAGGCAUCAUCAAGGCCAUGGUGGAACUGAGCCUGCGUGAGCUCCAGAAGGAUUCCAACUAUGUUAUCGCCCUGAGAAGCUCCCUCACUGAUGACAACAGCCUUCUCAGCUUUCACCGUGGGGACCUCAUCAAGCUGUUACCCAUGACCACUCUGGAGCCAGGCUGGCAGUUUGGUUCCAGUGGGGGUCGCUCCGGACUUUUCCCCACCAACCUGGUGCAGCCAGCAGCCGCCCCCCACUUCCUGCCAGAGCAGCGGAGCAGCCGGCAUAGGAAUUCAUUGCCACUGCAGCUUGGAGAGCCAGGGCUGCUUCCGGGGGCCAGUGCCUCGGAGGUGAGGACACCAGGGGUGGAGAACUAG